AGCGCGAGGCCCAGCUGAGAGCCAUGCUGGAGGUCACCCGGCAGCAGGCCACCCAGGCCGAGAGCCAGCUACAGGAGCUGCAGCAGCGAAGCAGCCAGAUCCAGAGCUCGGCCUGCAACCUGGCUUCCGUGGUCUCCGGCAAGUUCAGCCGCCUGCUGCAGGCCCUGGAGAUGCGUCGCAUUGAGGCACUGAGGGCCAUCGAGGUGGCCAAGACACAGGCACUGGCGCAGGCCCAGGAGGAGGAGCAGCGGCUACGGGGCCACCUGGAGGCCACGGCUGUCUUUGACCGCUGGACCCAGGACCUCCUGGAGCAGUUGGAUGACCGAACCUUCCUCCAGGGAUCACAGCUCCUGGCGCUCCCAGGGCCUCUUGGGCCGCUGAGCCCUCCACAGUGGGAUGCAGAUCAGCAGCUGGACGGCCUGAAGGAGUUUCUGAGCCAGCUCUGUGGCCUCCUCCUGGACAAUGGGGACCCCCGCGGGGCACCAGCUGAGGCGGCUGACUUGGGUCCCCCGGAGACCCCAGAUGCCCUGGCAUUGGUCCCAAGCCCGGUUUGUCCGCUGAGGAGGAAACUCUGGCAGAAUUAUCGCAAUCUGACCUUCGACCCGGAGAGUGCCAACCGCCACCUUUACCUGUCUCGGCAGGACCAGCGGGUGGAGCACCGGCGAGAGCCCCGAAGCCCGGCUGAGCCCGGCAGCUUCGAGCUCUGGCAGGUGCAGUGCACCCAGAGCUUUCAGUCUGGGCGGCACUACUGGGAGGUGCACACAUCGAACCACUUGGUGACACUGGGCGUCGCCUACCCCGACCUGGCACGGCGCAAGCUGGGGCCCUACACGGACAACAUCGGCCGUGGGCCCAGCUCGUGGGGGCUCUGUGUUCAGGAGGACAGCGCCCAGGCCUGGCACAACGGGGAGGUCCAGCGCCUCCGAGGGGUGCCAGGGAAGCUGCUGGGCGUGGACUUGGACCUGGCCUCUGGUUGCCUCACCUUCUACAGCCUGGAGCCUGAGACCCAGCGCCUGCACACCUUCCACGCCAUCUUCACCCAGCCCCUCCACCCUGUCUUCUGGCUCCUGGAGGGCAGAACCCUGACCCUGUGCCAUCAGCCUGAGGCCAGGCUCCCUCCAGGGCUCCAGGAAGAGGCCUCGGGGCUCAGCUGAGGAAGGCACAGGAUGGAACUCUGGGCUGGGCACAGGAGCCACCAUGCCUGUGUGCCCACGAGCCACCCCAGCCCCUGGCCUGGGCACCUGCAGCCACAGCUCUCAUGGGGCCAGCUGUGGGCCAGCAGAUUGACUCAGGGUGAGGCUGGGCCACUUGUGGGGGUGGAGGGACCCCCAAACUGGAGUUAACUUUCCCAGCCUCUUUGAAGGGGACAGGGACUAGGAAUGGAGUCAAAUGGGAGGCCCCUGCUCCAGGCAGAGCCCAGUUCCAGGGGCGCCUGGGCGUCAGAGGCAAGGGCAGCGCCCAGGGACUCCUGGUCCUACAGGGAGCCCGUGCCAUGUGGUCCACGCCACAGGCUGCGGCAAAAUAGUGCACUCGCGGCUCCAGCGUGCCUCCCAGAGACAGUGUAGCCAGGGGAGCUUCGGGGUGUGGGGAGGGAACCGCAAACUGUUCCUAGACACAAUCUACGGAAAGGUGGUUUCUACGUCCUCCUUCCCUGUCUCUCUCUCUUCUUUUUUCCUUAACAUUUUGCUAUAUUUUGGUCUCUUAUUUUGUACAUCCUUGUGUUUGCCACUCCAUAAACAGUUGUGUUUUCUACAUUUUUAUGUAACGUAAGCAUUUUUCAUGUUAUAAAAAUUGUUUCCUGAGCGAUGACUAUAUAAACAGUCAUUCUCAU